CGGCUGAGUGAGUCCGUUCCGAUCUAUCUAAUUCCCAAUUAGUUUCGAUUCUCGUUAAUUUUCCUUAGUUAUUAAUUUCUACCGAUUUAUUCACGUACUUAUCGUCUUCUCAUAUGUCAUUUGUUUGAUUACCACAAGAUUUUAACGUUCUAAAACAUUUCCUAAUCAUGGAUGCAAAAACAUUAAAAAAGAAUAGAGGUUCUGUAAAGGCCAAAUUGACAAUAUUUAAGGGCCAUCUCGAACAACUGACACCUUGCACCAAAUUAAACACCUUGCAGUUUCGUGAACUAUCCGCACGCCUCAACCGCAUUAAUGAAUUGUAUAAAGAAUUUGACUCUAUUCAAAAUAAUUUGGAAACUUUAUCGGACACUCCAGAAGACGAGUUUAAAGAACGACAGGAGUUCGAGGCUGGAUAUUUCAGCACGGUCGCUGCCGCGCAGGAGCUGCUGGACCGGAGUGUGGAGCGCCCGGCCCCUGCGGGCCACGACCUGGCCGUGGCAGGAUCCAGCACUGCCAAUGAUUCAGGUGCAUUUCUUCCAACACUUAAGUUACCUACGAUACAUCUACCUACAUUUGCUGGUGGCUAUCAAGAUUGGCUAGAAUUCCACGACACGUACAUGAGUCUCAUUCAUCUAAAUGAUUCAAUUCCAAAAAUUCAAAAAUAUCAUUACUUACGAUCAUCACUAAGGGAUAAUGCAGCCUUGUUGAUCCAAUCAUUAGACCUAUCAGGUGACAAUUACGAUGUAGCCUGGGAUUUACUAUGUGAGCGCUACAACAACACCAAGUUAUUAGUAAACAAUCAUUUGAAGGCUCUCUUCAAUCUUGAACCCAUGUUCAAGGAAUCGUCCACGGGCCUUCGUAAUAUCAUUGAUUCGGUAAAUAAAAACAUUAGAGCUCUAAAAACACUACAUCUGCCCACGGAGCAUUGGGAUGCGAUAAUAAUUUACGUUAUCUGCACAAAAUUAGACCACGCAACACUGAAGGAUUGGGAGAUGCAGCGCGGACCCAACAACGCAAUUCCAACAUUUUCGGAAUUUAAUUCAUUUAUAAAAAACCGCGCUGCAUGGCUGGAAUCCAUCGAAGAAAAUCACCAAAAACUGCGUAGAUAUAGCGAUACUCCACCCGUUCGCGCCAAAACCUUUGUGGCAAAUUAUUCGAACUCCGCUCAUGCGAGUGUCUACGGCAGCCUAAACAACUCAGCCAACCUGGGCCCCCACCAGCCAAUCAGGAGCUUCUCCCUCGCCUUCUCCCGCUAUCCGUGGGUGGGGCGCGUGGUGCCGCACGCCGCCAACACCGUCAUGACGAGGUGCACCGUCGCCUGCGUCCGGGACCACGUGUUUGUGACUGCUACCCGGUGCUUGUUGGGGUAA